GCGUAUUUCAGUCUAUAUCUGACAUUUCAUCGUUGUAGAACGACGUGAAAAAUUCUGAUCAAUAUGAGUCGUGUCAUUUUUGCACUGUUUCUCUGCGCUGUCGCUUUCGUGAGCUAUUCCGAGUGUGCUCCUCAGUCGGAUUCGGCUGAGAUAAGGGCGUUUGAAACAAGACGAGAUGCAAGCAUACGUCAACUAAUCCAAAAGGAACGACUCACUUGCGUGAAUGUGAACGAAUUUUGUAGCAGAGGCAAGAAUGCUGAUAAUGAAGAUGACAAGGUCGUUGCUCUAUAUUGCAUGAUUGUCUUGGAACCUUUAGUCUGUGAGGGGCAGCAGCUUUAAGAACACAAAUAAAUAUUUUUGAGUAAUUUUUUUUUACUAGCUUGUGCAAUACUCCAAUUAUAAUUAAAAUAUAAAUUUUUGUCUUCGUAUUUAUAGUUUGAUUAGAUGACGUCACGAUUAUAUUUUGUAGCAUAAUAUUUACGUAAAACAUAAGCUUUCUUCCUAUGUGUUAGGCUCUACGCGUAAUUGUUACAUUCCCCACGUAUAAUUGACUAACUCCAAAGAAUCGUGGCGAUUAAAAUUGAUUUUUACGAACGCUAUGAAUAGUUGAUAAAGCUUAAUUUCUUGUAUAUAAACGGCUUUAAAGCGAGUACAUCUCAGUAUGUACCUAACAUUUCAUCGUUGUGGAACGUUUUGAAAAAUUGUGAUCAAUAUGAGAAGUAUCAUUUUUGCACUGUUUCUCUGCGCUGUCGCUCUCGUGAGCUACUCCGAGUGUUUUCCUCCGAUCAAAUCGGCCGAAAUGAUGGAGUUUGAAAGAAGGCGAGAUGAAAGUAUUCGACAAGUUAUUCAAAAGGAAGGAGUAACACGCGAGAAUGUGAAUGAAUUUUAUAGCAGAGGCAGGAAUCUUAAUGAUAAAGGUCACAAAGCUAUUGCAGAACUAUGCGUGUAUCACUUCGAACCUUUUGUCUGCGAGGGACAUAGCUUCAAGAUUUUAAGAAAAUUUUCUAACAGUGUGUACUUACGCAUAUCAUAAUUAGAAGCACCAAAAACAAACAUUUCCUGUGUAUGAUUAUUUACUUAACGAAACAAACAUUAAUAAAUGACCUUUUUGAAACUUAAA